UGUCAACGACUCGAAAAGACUGGCGCGUUAUCUGUUACAGCAUUUAAGAAGACUAACGAAAAUGUCCUGUCCAUUUAAACGUGAAGAAAUAAUCUGUCUAUUUGAUGUAGACGGUACCUUGACAGUGCCUAGACAGAAAAUUCUUCCAACAACAGAAGAGUUUCUGCUGACUAAAGUAAAACCAGUUGCAACUAUAGGUCUUGUGGGUGGAUCAGAUUUGACAAAAAUUGCAGAGCAAAUGGGUGGUGAAGAUGUUAUAAAGAAAUAUGAUUAUGUUUUUGCUGAAAAUGGCCUUGUAGCGUACAAAAAUGGGGACUUAAUUGGGAAAAUGAGUAUCCAAGAGCAUGUAGGGGAAGAAAAACUCCAAUUGUUCAUUAACAGUGCCUUGAGUUACAUGUCAAAGUUGACAUUGCCUGUCAAGAGGGGAACUUUCAUUGAAUUUCGUGAUGGACUUGUAAAUGUUUGCCCAGUGGGCAGAAGUUGUUCCCAGACUGAAAGAGAUCAGUUUGCUGCAUAUGAUAAAGUUCACAAGAUCAGAGAAAGCUUUGUGAAACAUUUACAAGCUGAAUUUCCUGACUUUGGUUUAGUAUUCAGCAUAGGUGGUCAAAUCAGCUUUGAUGUAUUCCCAAAGGGUUGGGACAAAACGUACUCGCUUCGCUUUGUGGAAGAAGAUGGAUACAAAGAAAUUCAUUUCUUUGGUGACAAAACUGCACCAGGAGUCUCUUGCCUUUUGGCCUUAACUGCAAAUGCCGACUCUGUAGUAGACCUUAUCGAUGACGAUUUCGAUUCCAAAUUAAGUUCGUUUGAAACGACCUUGGUCAUGUUUUACGCCCCCUGGUGCGGUCAUUGUAAACGCCUAAAACCUGAAUUUGAAAAGGCAGCAUCAUUGCUGAAAAAUAAUGACCCUCCAAUUACUCUUGCAAAGGUUGAUUGCACAGAGGGUGGAAAGAGUACUUGUAAUAAGUUCAGUGUCCAGGGAUACCCAACCCUCAAGAUAUUUAAGAACGGUGAAGUAUCCAGUGAGUACAAUGGCCCAAGAGAAUCAGCUGGAAUUGCAAAAUUCAUGAGGGCCCAGGUUGGCCCAAGUGCCAAGGAACUGCUGAAUGUCAAAGCUGCUGAAGAAUUCCUUGCAAAAGAGGAUGUUGCUGUAGUAGGCUUCUUUGCAGAUGAAGCAAGUGAACUGAAGAGUGUGUUUCUGAAGCUGGCUGAUAAACUUAGAGAAUCUGUCAAAUUUGGUGUUACAAGCAACAAGGAAGUCCUUGCCAAAUAUGGUUAUUCAGACAAUGUUGUUCUUUUCCGUCCCAAGCAUUUGCAUAACAAGUUUGAGCCUGAUUUUGUUGUAUUUGAGGGAGCUGCAACCAAAGAAACCAUCAACACUUGGGUGGAGAAAAAUUUUUUCGGCCUGGUUGGCCAUCGUAGCGUGGAUAACGCUGCUCAAUUUAAAGAUCCAAUUGUUGUAGCUUACUUUGGAGUUGACUAUGUUAAAAAUCCUAAAGGAACAAACUACUGGCGGAACCGCAUCCUCAAGGUUGCCCAAUCCUUUACCGACUCAUUUACCUUUGCCAUCAGCAACAAAGAUGACUUCCAGCAAGAGCUGAAUGAAUUUGGAUUGGAAUAUAUCAAUGAUGAUAAACCCCGUGUUGCUGUUCGUGAUGCUUCCAGCAAAAAAUUUGUCAUGAAGGAUGCUUUCUCGAUUGAAAACCUACAGAAAUUCUUAAAUGACGUUAAAGAAGGAAAAUUAGAGCCUUACAUGAAAUCGGAAGCCAUUCCCGAAAACACUACACCACUGAAAACUGCUGUUGCCAAGAAUUUCAAUGAAGUAGUCGUCGAUAACGGCAAAGACACGUUGAUUGAAUUCUACGCACCCUGGUGCGGCCACUGUAAAAAAUUAGGCCCAAUUUUCGAGGAGGUCGCCAAUGCUUUGAAAGACGAGGAUGUGGCUAUUGUUAAGAUGGAUGCCACAGCCAAUGACGUGCCCGGCAAAUUUGAAGUCAGAGGUUUCCCUACUCUCUACUGGCUUGCUAAAGAUGACAAGAACAACCAUGUUCGAUACGAGGGUGGUCGCGAAAAAGACGAUUUUAUUAAAUACAUCGCUAAGCAUGCUACGAAGGAACUCAAGGGCUGGGAUCGCUCUGGCGCUCCUAAGGAUUUGAAAGAGUUGUAAGGAGCUCUAUUCAAUCCAGUUCUCUAAUCUCGUCCCAGACGUGUUACACAAGUGUUAGGGCAUAUUUCCAUAUUCCCAGUUUCUAAAAAAAAAAAGAAAAAAAAACAAUAAAAAAUUAAAACUACAUCUAUUGAAACUUGUGCACUCCAAUGGGCUUACUUGUCUGAUUUGCUGGUACGAAUUUGUUAAACGUAUUAUUGCAGCAGUUGAAGGUUAAUGAAAGACCUGCAGUGGGAAUGUGGAAUCAAAUAAAUCAAGUUUGUGAUAACUAA